UGUCACAUGACGGCGGGUGCCGGAGCCGGAAGCGGGAGUGGAGCGGUCGCCGCCAGGGGUGAUGCCAUGGCCGCUGCGAGCUCCAGCAGGGCCAGAGCCGGGCCGCCCUGCGAGAAGUCUCAGCUCUCCGUGAAAGUUGUGUCUGUGAAGCCCAAGGUGCACAGCCGCCCGUCGCGGAUGAACUGCUAUGUGGAGGUGGCGGGUGAUGGUCUUCCCAGCGAGACCAAGAAGACAGGGAAGCAGAUCGGGAGCUCUGAGCUGCUGUGGAACGAGAUCCUCAUCCUGAACGUCACAGCUCAGAGCCACUUGGACCUGAAGGUGUGGAGCUGCCAUACCCUGAGGAACGAGCUGCUGGGCACCGCCUCUGUCAGCCUUGGCAACCUGCUGAAGGGCGGUGGGAAACUGGAGAACAGGCAGCUGACCCUGGACCUCCAGACGGAGAACAAAGGCAGCGUUGUCUCCGGCGGAGAGCUGACGAUUUUCCUGGACGGGCCUGCUGUUGAUCUGGGAAGCCUGCCUAAUGGCAGUGCCGUGACAGAGGGGUCCCAGGUGCCUGGACGGGACCCCAGCAACACGACCACGGCCACGGAGAGCAGACACCAACCUCCCAGUACAAACUGCUUUGGAAGCCGACCAAGGACGCACCGACAUGUGGCUGGAGCGGCCAGGCAAAACCCGGGGAGUGGAGAGCAAAGUCCCAGUGCCAGGAGCCGGCACCGGCAGCAGGCCAAGGGCACACAGCACGCCGGCAUGGCCAACGGCACAGCCAACGGCGCAGUGAACGGAGAUGCAGCAGUUGCUACAGACAUCGAAGAGGAAAGGCCGGCAGCAGGAGCGAGCGUACCGACCCCAGCGGCGCCGAGCGCGGCUGACAGCUCUGUCACUCCUGCCCUUCCUGCCCUGACCAGCUCUGGAGAGGCAGAGGAGGCAGCCUCCGGCUCCAGCGCCCCACCGGCCCGGGCAGCGGUGCUAGCCCUGGAUGCUCUGCCCCCCGGGUGGGAACAGCGAGAGCUGCCUAAUGGUAGAGUCUACUAUGUAGACCAUAACAACAAGACCACCACGUGGGAGAGACCCCUUCCUCCAGGGUGGGAGAAACGUGUGGAUCCUCGAGGCAGGUAUUACUACGUGGACCACAACACCCGGACCACCACGUGGCAGCGCCCCACGGCUGAGUACGUCAGGAACUAUGAGCAGUGGCAGUCCCAGAGAAACCAGCUCCAAGGAGCCAUGCAGCAGUUCAGCCAAAGAUUCCUGUACCAGUCGUCCGGCGCCCCGUCCGACAAUGAUCCUCUCGGUCCCCUUCCUCCAGGCUGGGAGAAGAGACAGGACAAUGGGCGAGUGUAUUACGUGAACCACAACACACGGACCACCCAGUGGGAAGACCCCCGCACACAGGGGAUGAUCCAGGAGCCACCGUUGCCACCCGGCUGGGAGAUGAAGUACACGAAUGAGGGUGUGCGCUACUUUGUGGACCACAACACUCGCACCACCACCUUCAAGGACCCACGCCCUGGAUUUGAGUCUGGGAGCAAGCAGGGUGGUUCCCCAGGGGCGUAUGAUCGGAGCUUUCGAUGGAAGUACCACCAGUUCCGCUUCCUCUGCCAUUCGAACGCGUUGCCCAGCCACGUGAAGAUCAGUGUUUCCCGACAGACGCUCUUUGAGGACUCCUUCCAGCAGAUCAUGAACAUGAAGCCGUAUGACCUGCGGCGCCGCCUGUACAUCAUCAUGCGAGGAGAGGAGGGCCUGGACUAUGGUGGCAUCGCCAGGGAAUGGUUCUUCCUCCUGUCCCACGAGGUGCUCAACCCCAUGUAUUGCCUCUUCGAAUACGCUGGCAAGAACAACUACUGCCUGCAGAUCAACCCGGCCUCCUCCAUCAACCCCGACCACCUCACCUACUUCCGCUUCAUCGGCCGCUUCAUCGCCAUGGCUCUGUAUCAUGGGAAGUUCAUCGAUACCGGCUUCACGCUGCCCUUCUACAAGCGGAUGCUGAACAAGCGGCCCACGCUGAAGGACCUGGAAUCCAUCGACCCCGAGUUUUACAACUCCAUCGUCUGGACCAAGGAGAACAGCCUGGAGGAGUGUGGCCUGGAGCUAUAUUUCAUCCAGGACAUGGAGAUCCUGGGCAAGGUGACCACCCACGAGCUGAAGGAGGGCGGUGAGAGCAUCCGAGUGACAGAGGAAAACAAGGAGGAGUAUAUCAUGCUGCUGACAGACUGGAGGUUCACACGGGGUGUGGAGGAACAGACCAAGGCUUUCCUGGAUGGCUUCAACGAGGUGGUGCCGCUGGAGUGGCUGCGGUAUUUUGACGAGAAGGAGCUGGAGCUGAUGCUGUGCGGGAUGCAGGAGAUCGACAUGAACGACUGGCAGAAGAACACCAUCUACCGGCACUACACCAAGAACAGCAAACAGAUCCAGUGGUUCUGGCAGGUGGUUAAAGAGAUGGACAACGAGAAGAGGAUCCGGCUGUUGCAGUUUGUGACGGGGACCUGCCGCCUGCCGGUCGGGGGCUUCGCAGAGCUCAUCGGCAGCAACGGGCCCCAGAAAUUCUGCAUCGAUAAAGUUGGCAAAGAGACGUGGCUGCCUCGGAGCCAUACAUGCUUUAACCGCCUGGAUCUCCCUCCCUACAAGAGCUACGAACAGCUGAAGGAGAAGCUGCUUUAUGCCAUUGAGGAGACGGAAGGAUUUGGACAGGAGUGAUGGAGCUUUGGUGCUUUUCCCGGGUGCGGGGCAGGCCCUGGAGCGCUGCCCGACGGGAGGUCCUGCCCGCCGGUGCCGGCGCAGCCCAGCGCCCAGCCCUCUCCGCAGGAUGGGGCACAGGCAGCUGCAGACGCUGUUGCUCUUGUUCCUGUGCGAGAUCGGCACUAACGCAGCCCCUGGGGGGGAAACGGGGUCCACCUUUCCCUCCCCAAACCAAUUGAGGAGGUGGAUGUAAAAAUCUGGCUCCGCUCAGCUCCUGAGGCACAGAGGGGAUGGGUGACACCCUGGGCCUUGGCAGCAGCGUGUGGUGCACCCCAGUCCCCCCUGGCAGGCACAGCUCAAUGAGAAUCUGUUUUGGGCACAGGCUGUUUUUUUUCCCCCGUAGCGUUUUCUGCCUUUUCAUGGCAUUUUAAUAGAUGCAGGUGAGGAGGGGAAAUGAAAUGGCUCUUGAACCGACUCUCAGGUCACAUUUGGGUCCGAUCCUGCACCCAGCAAAGGUACCAGGGAACCCCUUAGUCCAUGCUGUUGGGGCUGAUGCACCACAUGGAGGACUGGGAUGGCCCUUUCCCACGCCAGACCCGUGUCUGCUCAGACCCAGGGCCUGGCCAACCACCUCUGCUGUGUGUUUUGAUUUGCAAGCGUGUGGCCCCUGUGCCGUUGUAUUUAAUAUUUAAGUGGAGCAUUGCUCGGAGCUGGUGCUCCGCAGCAGCCUCGGGGGCUCCAGUCCACACGUGGCUUUGCUUGGUUCGUGAUGGGUUUGGUCCAAACUCCUUGUGUUCCCUCUGUCACUGGCCGGGCUGGUGGCAGGAGCUGCGGGUGAGGGCAGGAUUUGGCCUCUCCCCCUCGCCUGGAUGUCACCUCCACUGCUGUGUGUCCCGUCCCCCCCGACAGCGUGCACCGGGGAGAGGGCCCCGCGUGAGCGUUGCUGUACAUAGCUGUACAUAAAGGAAGUCUGUGGAUACAAGACAUUGCAAUAGCUUUUGACUGGUAACCGGAUAGUUUUGUACUGCACCAUCCUGCCUCAGCGACGCCGACUUCUUGUGCAAUAAACAGUACGCAGCUGCCGA